GUGACUGGACCGUGUUUGGAUUUCGAUUAUUAAUAACUGUUUCUCUCUCUCUCUCUCUCUCUCAUUAUCAUCAGGAGCACCCUUCGCUACUUGCUCUCGAAGAGCUUAGGAGGGCAAGUUUCUCGAUGGAUGCAUCUCGGAUCAACAUAUUCGAGAUUUAUCGAAAAUACUGUGAUAUAAAAUCAGGACAUGCAUAUGUUGUUGGGGAAGAAGAGUACAGAGAAGACAGUGACGUUCAGAAGGCUAAGGUUUCAAGGGAGGCACUGACACAGCUCUCAAAAUUGGUGGAGUCUCGAGUUAGUACAGGGGUUGCAAUUUUUGAUGAACUUUCAAUGCUCAUGUCACGGCUGGACUUGAUGGUGGACUUUUCAGAAUUCUCUCGUUUUUAUGAUUUUGUUUUCUUCAUGUGUCGCGAAAAUGGUCAAAAGAAUAUUACUGUAAGCAGGGCAGUAACUGCAUGGAAAUUAGUUCUUGCUGGCCGGUUUCCACUGCUUCAUCCAUGGUGUGACUUUGUUGAGAAAAAUCAACGAUACAACAUCUCGGAGGAUACGUGGCAGCAGGUUCUAGCUUUUAGCUGGUGUACACGGGAUAAUCUGGAAGCAUAUGAUCCUGAAGGUGCUUGGCCUGUUUUAAUAGAUGAUUUUGUUGAGCAUAUGUACAGGAUACAAGAAUCAUAUUAUGAUAAUUCCAACUUCCGUUGUAACUGUGGUGAUCCAGAAUCCAUGUCACGUGGUUUUGAGGAUCCACUUCCUGGACUGAGAAGUUUUUCUGGUCUAAAGAGGAAGUUACCCGAGGACACAAGAAAAAAUGAUGUGGAGUGCUUUAAUACAUCUGAUGACUUGAUUUCCUCAAAUUGUAAAAGAAGCAGAGCUUAUAGUGCAGUAGAUUGGGAUGACAAUCCACCAGGGAAUGCAGCAGAGGACUGUAUGGAAACUAGUAGGCAAAAUAGCCCAUUGUGUUCAUCUAUGUCCCCAUGUGCAGUUGAAGGUUGUCUGUCAAAGGGAUUUGCAGGACUACUCUCAACUCGUUCCUAUGUGCAGUUUGGUAGGGAGAGGAGGGCUUCCCUAAGAUGAAGCACCCGUUAUGGUUAAGAAGUCAUAUAUAUACAACAAAGGCAAAGCAGUUUGUGAAAGCCAUUUAGUGGCUUGCAUACGGAUAUUAACAAGAAAGAAUUGGUCCAUCAAUUAUCAUCAUACGCCAAGGAAGGGUAACAGCAGAUUGGCUUGCGAAUUACCACCUUCAUCACCAUGAGUUAGAUGAUUAUAAGUUGUUCCCUACUCUCCCUCCGGGACUUGGUUUUGUAUUUUUGGCUGAUCUCUCAAAUGUGAGACGAUGUUGUAGCAUUAGGAUUGUUUGAUUCUGCUUGUUUUCUUGCUCAAACUACCAAAAAAACAAAAAAAGUUGUGAGAAGACAUCUAUACUAGUAUAUGAACGUGAUUCAUUUAGAAAAUCAAAUAUAUAAACUUAGAUUUGAAA